AAUUAUUUUAACAUUAUUACACUAAAAAAUCUAAAAUUAUAAGCAUUUAAUUUUUUUAAAAAUUAAAAAAUCUUUAAAAUCAUCUUUUGAACGAAAAACAAGAACACUAUACAAUAAAGCGUAAGAAGUUUGAGGUGAUCAAAUUAGUGUUUUCCACGAAGUUAAUCUAUAUUAUAACAUAAAAAAUGUUAAUUUUCAAUUCAUUGAUGGGUUUCCACUCUGUGGGUGGGAACUGGGAAGCUUACAUAAGAACCCCUGCGGGACGUGAUUGGUUAGCGACGCACCUUUGACGCCGCCGUGCUACGGGUACCCCGUCCCAAUUGGAUGGCUAGGGUUUUCUUCGUAUAAAAAAGAACACGUUCAUGGCUUAAAUCUUUCCGGACAAAGAUUAUCAUCGACACUUUGUUUUCACCGGGACCAUCCUACCGUGGGGACACAUACAGGUCACCCAUGAACCGGAGCCGAAAACACUCUUUCAUGGCUUAAAUUCCAAGCGUUGUUUUAUUUAAAUGAAAAUGCCACGUGAAUUUGUAACCAUAAGAGGAGGCGUGGAGCUGGCGUGCUUUAAUUAAAAUUUAUUUUUUCCGAGUAUUACCUCCAGUUAAGCAAUUAAGCUCCGCAAAUGGGUUAAUCAAGCACUCGAUUAUUUAAUUAAGUAAAUUAAUCCCACUACCGUUAUUCGGAACGAAAUAGGUGGUUAGUGGUUAGCUCUUUAACUUAACCUGCGCAUACUCCCUCUCCCUCCAUUUCUCUUUAGCCACUGCGAUCUACUUCGAUCUCUCUUUCUAAACUCCUUGAAUACUUGGCUCUUUUUUAUUUUUUUUAUGGUUUCUAACAUAAAAAUCCACAGACCAUGAAUUCUCAGUCGAAGCAACGACCAGAGAUAAGUAGAGCUGAAACGUGUUGUUCUUUGGGUUAUUGGUGCAUACAGCUCUUUUGGCCAAGAGUGGUGGUUCGUAAAUGGCUAAAUAUCAGCUCCAAAGACUCCGAGUACAGCGCCGACUCUGAAGACGAUUACGCUUCUUCUGAUUCUGCUUCCGAAACCAAUGAGUUUGUUCAAUGCCAGAGAGAAUCGCGAUUUGGAGGUAACAGAGGGGAGGAUGUUCAAGAUGCUAUUCCAAGGAUAAGGAGACGAAAGUCAGAGACAUUUAGAGCACAGUAUAUAAACAUAAACGAAAUCAGAAUAUGCGUCGGGACAUGGAAUGUUGGAGGAAAACUUCCACAAGAUGACCUAGAUAUCGAUGACUGGAUUGAUACUGAUGAUCCUGCCGACAUCUAUGUGUUUGGGCUCCAGGAGAUUGUACCCUUAAAUCCUGGGAAUAUCCUUGGUGCUGAAGAUAGCCGCCCAGUUCCUAAGUGGGAAAACAUUAUUCGUGAAACACUGAACAGAAUUCGACCAGCAAGGACUAAGGUUAAAUGCUACAGUGAUCCUCCAUCCCCAUCAAAAUUCAUGCCAUCUGAGGAUGUGCCCACCAUAGAAGAGGAGAUAUUACUUGAAAGUGAUAGUGAUAUUGGUGAAGAAAUUCAUCCCUUGGAUGAAGAAUUCAAAGGUUUUGAUGAACUCAAUGAUAUAUCAAUCACAGGUGACAUGAGCGUGAAUUCUGGAGUUCCAGACGGUACUGGUAGCGAAAAAUUACAUGAGCCAGUAGAGUGGGAUUUACAGAAGCAAUUUUCUUCUCCAAAAAAAUUAGAUAGAUUAAAUUGCUUGCGGACAGAAGAUUCUGCAGGAGAUGUAGAAGCAUUGGCAACUCCUCGAAAAUUAACUAAAAUUCUUAGUGGUUCUGAAAGGCUUGGCUUGAGCUGGCCAGAGCCCCCUUUAAACUUGGUAUCUCAGCAUGUUUUGCCAAGACCAAAUUCCUUCAAAUCAGUUAAAUCAUUUAAAGCAACCAAGUCUUUUGGAGGAUAUAGUUCUUUUAAGUCUGUCUCAAAUGAAACACAAUCAGGAUUGGCUUUGUUUGCCGAGCUUGACUUUGAAGCUCUAAUGAAACGGAAAAGAAGACCAUCAUAUGUAAGGAUAGUGAGCAAGCAGAUGGUUGGAAGUUUUCUCACUAUUUGGGUUCGUAGGAGCUUGCGUAAGCAUAUCCAGAACGUAAAAGUCUCCACUGUUGGUGUCGGUGUUAUGGGCUAUAUUGGUAACAAGGGAUCAAUAUCAGUCAGCAUGUCUAUAUAUCAGACAUCUUUCUGCUUUGUAUGCACGCAUCUCACAUCAGGUGAAAAGGACGGGGAUGAACGCAAAAGAAAUGCUGAUGUUCAUGAAAUACAUAGAAGAACUCAAUUUCGUCCCCUUUCCAGUGUUGGGCUUCCUAAAAACAUCUAUGAUCAUGAAAGAAUUAUCUGGUUGGGUGAUUUGAAUUACCGCAUCAACUUAUCAUAUGACAAAACACACGAACUCAUCUCUAGGAAGGAGUGGUCCCAGUUAGUGGAGAAGGACCAGCUUGUACGAGAACUAAGAAAAGGCCGUGCAUUUGAUGGAUGGUCGGAGGGUACAUUGAGUUUUGCACCAACAUAUAAAUAUGAGAUGAAUUCAGAUAAAUACUAUGGAGAAGAUCCAAAGGCUGGAAGGCGUAUUCCUGCAUGGUGUGAUCGCAUCCUUUCAUAUGGAAAGGGAAUGAGGCUACUGAACUACAGGAGGACAGAGCUAAAACUUUCUGAUCAUCGACCCGUGACUGCCACAUUUAUGGCUGAGGUUGAGGUGUUUUCUCAUAGGAAGCUACAGAAGGCACUCACAUUAACAGAUGCAGAGAUUGAAAAUGAGGAAGUUGUGGCAGACUUGGGCAUUGAUGUCGGAAUGAGCCAGUUGAGAUUGGAGCAGGAUAUCACUUUUUGGUAGCGUUGAGGAGGACUACCUGUUAUAAAGGCUGAGAGUGGCAUCCUGACAACUAUGCUAUUACUACCCUACCUUAGAUUCAUUCAUUGAUUUUGUUAUUUUUUGCAUGAUAUUGUGCAGUGAGCUUCCUGUGUUAAUGUGUUCAUAGUAGGGGUCUUUUUUUUUUUUUCUUCAGAGAGAAAACAUAGGAGUAUUUAACUGUAAGUUUGGUAGCAAUAUUAGUUAGAAUGCGCGGUGGCGUAUACAUGUGCCAUGAUGUAUGUUAUAUGUAUCAGAGAUCAAUCCACGGGGUUUAUGAAGGUUUUUAAUGUUGUAAAAAAAAGAACAGUUCAUGUUUUUGCCA